GAUGCGCGAAGCCAUCCACAAAGCGAGCCGGGAGCGACAGAGCGAACUACGUCGCACACCGCGUUCCGAGCACGGCUGCGAAGUCAUGGAGCUCUCGUCGGUCGGCGAGCGCGUCUUCGCCGCCGAGUGCAUACAGAAGAAGCGAAUUCGAAAGGGCCGUGUCGAGUACUACGUGAAGUGGCGUGGAUGGAGUCACAAGUACAACACCUGGGAGCCCGAGGAAAACAUUCUGGAUGGCCGUUUGCUGGAAGCCUUCGAGAGCAGUCAGAGAGAUUCUGGACCAGGCAAGCGAGGCCCGAAGUCUAAAAAAGAACGAAGUCACAGCACUAGCGAGCCACAGCAGGACUUGCGGCACGACUCCAACAAGGCCAAAAGUGAAGAUGACACCUCCAACGAUGCACCAGCGACACCUCACGGCAACAGCUCAAGCACUGAGACAAACCCCGCCGUAUCUCCACCACACAGUCCUCCACCAGUGUUAUCACCUGGUGCAUCAGAGGAGAAAGACAGCUCCACAGCAACGGCUGCGUCGCGCCUUUCGGCGUCCACAUCACAAUCUGUGACACCGCCACAGCAGCAAGCUCCUGCACCCCAGUCCGCUGCCGUGACGCCGAAGCCGCAGCCAGCCGAAGCUAAAGAGCCAUCAAGCAAGGCCAAGCCUGCUGUUGCUGUAGCCAGUCCACCAAAGACACUUGCAAGUGUUAAGAGCCCAAAAGAGGAGGAAGAAAAGUCCAAACAGGUUACUACAGCCUCCAGUCAGCCAUCAUUGGAGAAAAGCUGCGAACCAGCAACACCGGUUUCCAAGCCGAACCAGGCUGAGACGUGUUUGUCUUCCCCACCGGUGCUGGAAGCUUCGAAGAAGCCCGACACUACAACUAAACGCAAGUUGGAUGUGAAGCCAACAUCAUCUAGUCCACAGAUUCAAGCCGCGGUCGUAUCCCAGCAACCGCCCAGCAAGAUGCCAAGGUUGUCUAGGCCCAUGGAGGUGCCCACAAUAAGUGCAGCCAGCAAGCCGCCUCCCGUCUCCACCACCGUGGCAUCGCUCAUGAACGGCUCACCACCAGUGAGGGCACCCGUGCGGCCGCCGGUAGCCUUCAAGCCCAUCACACCGCGCCCCGGCAUAACACACAUUCACCACACCCACCCCCCUGCCUCACACCUCGCAGUGCCCCCCGUAGCCGCCCGACUGGGUACCGGGCAGCUCGGACCGGCAACAGUUGCACGAAUCUCGCGGCCACCGCAUCUGGUUCUGCCAACCAGUUCGCCAUCGCUGCAUCAGGCCGCACCGAAUUCUGUCAACUCUGUCGGUCCUGUAACACACCCCACUGCUGUACCCAUCAGCUCCCCCGUUCCUGUCACAGGUGUCGUUGCACCCCAGCAGCCAGUGCCGUCGGCAACACCCGUUCUCAACGGGCGCGACAGCGCACCACCUCAGCCGGGCAGUGACCGCGAGAAUGUCUGCAAACCAGCAGUAUCAGCCGUCUCCCAAGGAAAGCCGAUGCACAGUCACAAUGGCCAGGCUGCGUCUCCUCCCAUGCUACUGCCGCCCAAGGAAGCCAGCACAGAGCCUGCUGUAGCCGAGCCGGAGUACAGCCAGCUUGCCAUCAUCCCCGACUUCUGGCAGAAGCAGAGUCCAGUUGUGGACCAAGUACUCAUCACGGAUGUGACUGCCAACCUGGUCACGGUGACUGUGCGCGAGUGUCGGACACAGGCGGGAUUUUUCCGCGAUAGGAGCAACGAGCAGGCACCGAAGGACAUUAAAUGAGACGCGUGUGCUUCUUGACGCUUCUCCAAUGAAUGUGAACGUCUGCUAAAGCGCUUGUACAAUAGAGGGUGGAUAAGAAUCAAGGGUGACCAAAGACUCAAAUUGAGCACAACAUGACGUGAGCAUUUGUUUUAUUGGCACUCUACAAGUGUGGCACCUUGAGGAGAGCGUAGCAGUUUCUACAGUGCAAGGGCGAAAAAUUCCAGACGCGAUAUUAUUAUGUAGGUAUGCAAGUGGCUGUAGAUCGCCUAAGUUCCAUGGAAAGUUGUGCAAAAUAGCCUGAUCAUAUAGCAAAACUUGUAAAGAAUUCAAUUGUGUUGAUAAAAAAACCUUUGGAGGUUGUAUUUUUUCUGAUAAGGUAUAAUGGAAUCGCUUAUUGGGAAACAAUAUUUUGCUGCAAUGGAUAUUGAACAGCAAGGCAUGUUAUCUUGGUGCAUAAGCUGACAGUAUGUUGGCCAGGUUCUUCCAGUAGACUUACCCUCGGUCUUCUGUUUGUGUAACCGUUGGUUCAUAAACCAUACAGAAGUGGAAACAAUCUACUUUCUGUUCAUCUACAUUGAAGGCACGCAAGCUGCUGUUUCUCAGCAGUAUUCUGCUUCUUUAUUGCACUUGCGCGUGUCUCUUACAAUAAGUCGUCGUGAGGGCCUGCUGUCUGUAGAAUGGGUAGCGCAGUUGCCCGCAUCGUGGUUCAGUGUGGAACAGCCACAUUUUUUCAAAGUGAAGCAAAGCCCGUGCUUUGAAUGGAUUGGAACUGAAUGUGCUACUCUUUUGUUGUGAGCUUUUUUUUAACAAUAUACCACUGCUGGUAGGCAUUGCCACAUGCAAAAAUAGGGUCUUCAGCCACCUGCCACCUAUCCAAAGAGAGGGCAUAUUGUUCUCUGUAAAUAAUGUAAGUAUACGUACCGGUUAAACUACGUUACGAUCAACUGCUCGGGAAAGGUGUGGUAGAGGGCAUGUAUGCUUUUUUUUUUUUUUUUUGCCAUAUCAUAUCCCAUUUGUGGUGCUUUCUGUUUGGUUGCAGUGGUAGUCAGUGCAGAGUUUAGUAAAUACUACCGGAGAGCUGUUGAUAGAUUAGCGGGCAAGCCUAAUAUAUUCUGUUGGUUUUUGUUUUGGUGUUGUCUUUGAAAGACUAUGAAGAGUACCUGUUCACUGAAGUCUAGCGUGGUAUCCCAAAGGAAAAGCAUGUAUAGGCAAAUAUCAGAUUGCCGAGAGCUAUAUCGAGUGCCUUGGGUUGCCUCCUCGCCGAGCAGCGAGUGUAUUCCGCAGCUUGGCCAAGUUCACCGUGCCAUGACAGUGCCUGUCCUGUAAGAAUGAUGCUAGUGCGAAAACUUGACAAUAAGAGAUUUGAAAAAAGGACUUUGAAAAAGGAAAAAAAAGACGUUUCAGUAGAUUGGGUCCUCACUGCCUCUUGGCUGAAAUGAAUUGUGCCGAUGUCAGUGCAACAGGUAGUUCUUCAUGCCUGCAGCUAUGCACAGUUUGUAUCGUCAACUUUCCUUUUUGUGAGCACGGCCCACAUGGCCUCCUGUACAGAAUCACCGUGUGCUUUUUUUUUUUCUGCUUUAUGUUCAUUUCAACGGACAUGCCAUGGUACAAAAAAGAAAGAAAACUUGUGAAUAAAAGUGUACAUAGACACGUGUG